CACACAACAAGCAACAGAGGAGAAACACAACCAAAAAGCCUAUAAAGAAAUGGCAUUCUCUUCUUCCUUCCUUGUCCUCGCCGCUCUUCUCGCAUUGGUCCCAUGGCAGGGCAUAGCCUCCGACCCUAGCCCACUCCAAGACUUUUGUGUCGCCGACAAGAAGUCUCCAGUGUUUGUCAACGGGUUUGUUUGCAAGAACCCUAAGGAUGUUAAUGCUGAUGAUUUCUUCAAGGAAGCUAACCUUGACAAGCCUAGGGUGACCAACAAGGUUGGAUCCAACGUCACCUUAAUCAAUGUCAUGCAGAUUGCUGGCCUCAACACCCUCGGCAUCUCACUAGCACGCAUAGACUAUGCGCCCUUAGGUCAGAACCCACCACACACGCACCCUCGGGCCACCGAGAUCCUCACAGUCCUUGAGGGUACAUUGUAUGUCGGUUUCGUCACGUCAAAUCCAGAGAACAAAUUCCUCUCCAAGGUUCUUAACAAAGGGGAUGUGUUUGUGUUUCCCGUGGGGCUCAUCCACUUUCAGUUCAACCCCAACCCUCACAAACCAGCUGUUGCAAUUGCUGCCCUUAGUAGCCAGAACCCAGGAGCUAUCACCAUUGCAAAUGCAGUAUUUGGAUCAAAGCAACCAAUCUCAGAUGAUGUUCUUGCCAAGGCAUUUCAGGUGGAGAAGAAGACAAUUGACUGGCUUCAGGCUCAGUUCUGGGAGAACAACCACUACUAAGUCAGACUUUGGUUAACCUCUAUGGAAGAUCUAUGUUUGAUGUGUGCCAAGAGCUUGCUUUAGUUUCUGGCAGUAUGUGCAUCUCAAUGUUUAAAUAAACGACACAUAUGUCAUGGUACUACAUGUGCCCGUGAGUAUGAAUGUACUUUGAGCUUUCAAAUAAUUAAAA